GCAUAAUGUCCCUGCUCCGGGCCGCCAAAGUAAAGCGACCGAAAGAAGCUCCGGCAGAAGCGCGGGAUCCGCCCGGCGGUGGCGGCGGCGGCGACACCGGCGUGGCUGGUGCCCGCAGCUGUGCCCGCGCCCGGUGCCCGCCGCGCCGCCCCGCCGCCCCCGGCGCCCCGGCAGCCCCCGCCGCCAGCGCCCGCCUCGCCGACGGGGCGGGCGGAGCGGGGCGGCUGCGGCUCCCGAUUGGCUCCCCUGGCGGCGCCGCACCCCCCGCCCCGGCGGCAGCGGCUAAUCACGGGCUCGGGAUUCUCCAUCAGCCGUCGGGAAGGCGAACCAGGCGGAGGUCUGGGCGCGUCGGGCAAGUUGCGUGCGGUGAGCGGAGAACGGCGUCCGCUCGUAAACCUCUGCAGUGGCCCUUGUACAGCUGUUCACCAUUUUUCCUAGAUAUCUUUAGUCAUUAAUGGAUGAUGGGAGCAACCCCCUGCAGCUUCACUCUUUACCAUCCAUUCAGAAGGAGAAAAAAGAGCUAGCUCUCCAUUAACACAGAUGAAAUGU